AUAUACAUGUACGCAAUGAAAAUCAACAUUGGCGCUACAUUACACGAACCAAAUCAUGCAAUAAUUUCAUUUAUUCUCUUCCGAUCCAAUACAACACAAUCCCUCUGAUUCCGUAUCCGCCGCCGGCGAUGGCCACCCUCUCCGAUCAUCGCCGCCGCAUGCUCCCGCCGGAGAACGUUGACGCGCAGCCAAUAACUUCGGACUCCGUCUCUAACAACCACCGCACCACUCAUCGGCGCGAUGCCGGAAAUAACGGCCUCCGGCAUCGCCUCGUUCGGCAAGAAUCUUUGCGCAGAAAUAUCGAACACGUCGCCGCGGAAACCUACUUGGUUUCUCGUCUCGCCUUCACGCUUCUUCGCUAUCUCGGGAUUGGUUACCGUUGGAUUACACAAUUACUUGCCCUAGGAUGUUAUGCCAUGCUACUUAUGCCCGGGUUUUUACAAGUUGCAUAUUACUAUUUCUUCACAAGCAAAGUAAAGCGAAGCAUUGUUUAUGGAGAUCAGCCUAGAAACAGGUUGGAUCUGUAUCUACCUGCCAAUAUUGGUGAACCUAAGCCAGUUUUGAUAUUUGUAACUGGGGGAGCAUGGAUUAUUGGGUAUAAAGCAUGGGGCUCCCUUUUAGGACUACAGUUGGCAGAAAGAGGCAUUAUGGUGGCAUGCAUUGAUUACAGAAAUUUUCCUCAAGGGACCAUCAGCGACAUGGUAAAUGAUACUUCGCGGGGAAUUUCCUUCAUCAUCAACAACAUAGCUAAUUAUGGAGGUGACCCUAAUAGGAUUUAUCUAAUGGGGCAAUCUGCUGGUGCUCAUAUUUCUUCUUGUGCUUUACUGGAGCAAGCAGCCAGAGAAUCGGAAAAAGAAGAUAGUGUUUCUUGGAGCAUUUCCCAGUUAAAAGCUUAUCUUGGUUUAUCUGGAGGAUACAACUUACUGGAUUUAGUGGAUCACUUCCACAAUCGUGGCUUGGAUCGUUCGAUUUUCUUAAGCAUAAUGGAAGGUGAAAAUUCUUUGAAGGAAUUUUCUCCUGAAAUCAAAAUUCAAGAUCCAUGCCUCAAAUCUUCCAUUCCUCACUUUCCCCCUGUAUAUCUGGUCCAUGGAACUGCAGAUUAUUCCAUACCAUCAGUUGCCAGUGAGCGGUUUGCGGAAGCUCUUAAGAAGGCAGGGGUAAGAGCUGAGUUGAUUUUAUACGAGGGGAAGACUCAUACAGAUUUGUUUCUCCAAGAUCCGCUCCGAGGUGGUAAAGAUGACCUAUUUGAUCUUGCAGUUGCCAUUAUGCAUUCCAAUGAUAGUGAUGCUCUUGCAAACGAUGCCAUUGCACCCCCAAGAAGACGGUUUGUUCCUGAGAUUUUAUUAAAGUUGGCUAGAAAGAUCAGUCCUUUCUAAGCUUGUAACUGUCAGGGAAAAUGUCAUCUCUAUAAGCUUGUAAGCAUAGUGAUUAGAAUUUUAUGAUUCCUGAUUCGAAUCCUACAUUCCGAUAAAAUUCAGCUACUUAUUGAUUCAUAUUAUUAAUAUUAGACGAAUCUCAAUUUUUGUAUCUUAUGGUACAUGAAUGAAUCUGCACAAUUUCAUAUCAUCAAUACAAAUCACAUGAUUCAA